UCCAAACACAUUUUCCAGCCUCCCACCGGCGCCACCACCGGGAGAAAAUAGGGAUCAUCCGGAUCAGAGUGCGUCAGUCCACGGUCUCUCUACGCAUUUAAACCCAUUUUAACAUUUCUCCUUUACCAGACGGCAUAUUCGUGAACAUAACGGCGGUGCUAGGUACCGGGAGGACGGUAUGGGGGAGCACACGGCGUUUCUGCUGUUACUGGUGGCGACCUUGACGCUUUCAUCUGAGGUGCCUGUGGAUGACUCUGUGGGUUUACUAACUGAGCCCCAGGUGGCCAUGUUCUGUGGGAAGCUCAAUAUGCACAUCAAUGUACAGAGUGGCAAAUGGGAGCCCGACCCCUCUGGAACCAAGAGCUGCAUUAGCACCAAGGAGGGCAUUCUGCAAUACUGCCAACAGGUGUACCCUGAGCUACAGAUCACAAAUGUUGUGGAGGCCAACCAACCAGUUAGCAUUCCUAACUGGUGCAAGAAAGGCCGCAAGCAAUGCCGCAGUCACACACACAUUGUAGUGCCAUAUCGCUGCCUAGUUGGGGAGUUUGUUAGCGACGCCCUGCUGGUUCCAGACAAGUGUAAGUUCCUGCACAAGGAACUAAUGGAUCAGUGUGAGAGCCACCUGCACUGGCACACUGUAGCCAAAGAGUCCUGUGGUGACCGUUCAAUGAAUCUCCAUGACUACGGGAUGCUGUUGCCGUGUGGUAUUGAUCGCUUCCGAGGGGUAGAGUUUGUGUGCUGCCCUGUGGAGGCAGAACGUGAGUUAGACAGCAUGGAACAAGAAGGGGAGGAAUCUGACGUGUGGUGGGGCGGAGCUGAGGCUGAAUACCCCGAUAACAGCAUGACACGUCCAGCUGACACCGAGCCAGCCACCGCAGAGGAUGAUGAAGACGAGGACGAAGAGGCAGAAACCUAUGACAGGGAUGAGGAUGCAGAUGGGGACGAAGAGGAUGACGAGGAAGAAGACGUUGAUGUGAUGGAUGAGCGAGAUAGCGAUGAGCGCAAUGCUAACAUCGCUAUGACAACCACCACCACCACCACCACUGAAUCUGUUGAGGAAGUUGUGCGAGCGGUUUGUUGGGCUCCUGCUGAGUCAGGCCCGUGUCACGCCAUGCUGGAGCGUUGGUACUUCGUGCCUAAGAAGGGCCGUUGUGCUCCCUUCUUAUUCGGGGGCUGUGGGGGCAACAGGAAUAACUUUAUGUCGGAGGAUUACUGCCUGGCUGUCUGCAGCAGCUCGUUGCCCACCACUGCACCCAGUCCUCCAGAUGCUGUGGAUCAGUACCUUGAAUCUCCUGGAGACGACAAUGAACACACCUUCUUCCAGAAGGCCAAAGAAAGCCUGGAGGCCAGACACCGAGAAAAGAUGUCCCAGGUGAUGAGGGAGUGGGAGGAGGCUGAGAAAAAGGCUAAGAACCUUCCACGUGCUGACAAAAAAGCUGUCAUCCAGCACUUCCAGGAGAAGGUGGAGGCCUUGGAGCAGGAGGCAGCAGGGGAGAGACAGCAGCUGGUGGAGACGCAUAUGGCCCGGGUGGAAGCUCUGCUCAACAGCCGCCGACGCCUGGCUCUGGAAAAUUACCUCAGUGCUCUACAGGCCAAUCCUCCUCGGUCCCGUCAGGUGCUGAGCCUGCUGAAGAAAUAUGUCCGUGCAGAACAGAAGGAUAGGCAGCACGCGCUCAAACACUACGAGCACGUCCGCACAGUUGAUCCCAAGAAGGCCGCACAGAUCCGAACUCAGGUUUUGACCCAUCUUCGAGUGAUUGAUGAGAGGAUGAAUCAGUCAUUAGGUCUACUCUAUAAGGUGCCCAGUGUGGCUAAUGAGAUCCAAAAUCAAGUCGCAAGUAUAAUGCAGAGAGUUCAGGCGGAGCUGUCUCAGCAAGUCUCUUCCCUGCAGAGCGAUGGGCGGGUGGACGGCAGGGUGAGUUACGGUAAUGAUGCUUUGAUGCCUGAUCAGACAUUCAGCUCUGCCCCUAUGGAUCCCGGCUUGGAUGGACUGGGCUUUAUUCAUCCAGAGAGCUUUAACCAGCCAAACACAGAGAACCACGUUGAGCCUGUUGACGCUCGUCCAAAUCCAGACAGAGGACUUCCAACACGACCUGUUUCUGCCCUGAAGCCAGAGGAGAUGCCAGAGGUGACUGAAGUGAGAGAGAGUGUAGGUUAUGAAGUUUAUCCUCAAAAACUGGUGUUCUUUGCUGAGGAUGUGGGGUCCAAUAAGGGUGCCAUAAUUGGGCUUAUGGUUGGAGGGGUCGUCAUAGCAACGGUCAUCGUCAUCACUUUGGUGAUGCUGCGGAAGAAACAAUACACUUCUAUUCAUCAUGGUGUAAUUGAGGUGGACGGAGCGGUGACACCAGAAGAACGUCAUCUGGCCAAGAUGCAGCAGAACGGCUAUGAGAAUCCCACUUACAAAUUCUUUGAGCAGAUGCAGAACUAAAGAACUUCUUGCCAACAUUUCCUCCAGAUAUUUCCCAGCACUUGUCACCUUCUGGGCCUUUUCCAUUCUUGUCCUUUGUCCCCAGCCCCCUCCAUAUCUUCACUUACCCUGUCCAAGGGGAGGAAAGCCAUGUGAAGGCUGAUUUUCAUCUUUCGUAGUGAAGAGAAUAAAUCUUUGCAUGUCUCAAUCAGGGGUUUGGGUCUAAGGAAACGGGCAUGGAACAAAGCCUUUUUAAUCCCUUACCCCUCAAUUGUACAGAGCUAAAUUUUCACUUCAGCUAGUUAGACAAGGGUAGCCUGUUUCACCUGCACAUGUCAGAUCAGAGCCAUGCGAUUCCCAGACUUCCCCACACACACCUCCCCUUACCUGCAUUAAGAUGAUGAAGGCUUUCAAAACACCUCGCCGCACGAUUGAAGUGUUUCAGGUUUGUUUUACAAAAAAAGAAAGAAAAAAAAAAAAAGCAUAAAAAUAUACUCGAUCAAAA